AACAUCUUUGUGUCUCACCCUCUUAAUUAUUUCACCCUUUAGCUAGUCUUUUUCCUAAAUUGCAAAUCAUACCAUGGGUUUCACAAUUGCACAAGGAUUCAUGCUAGUGCUGCUAAUUGCUUCCACAAUGGCACUUAGCACAGCCAACAAGGGUUGGCAAUUUGGGAAUUGGCCUUCCCGUGGCCCUUAUCAUCCCAAUAAUACACAAACUUCCAGCAGGAUCAUCGUAGGUGACUCCUACCACUGGAAUUAUGGCUUUAACUACACCGAAUGGGCAAUCAAACAUGGCCCUUUCUACCUAAAUGACACUCUAGUUUUCAAAUAUGAUCCACCAACUCCAAACACACAUCCUCAUAGUGUUUACUUGCUACCAAACCUCCAGAGCUUCAUUAAAUGUGACCUAAGAAAUGCCCAGAAGCUAGGAAAUGCAACACAAGGAGCUGGGGAGGGCUUCGAGUUUGUGCUAAAAAGGCCAUGGCAGCCUCACUACUUUGCUUGCGGUGAGCACAAUGGCAUUCAUUGCAUGAAUGGAACCAUGAAGUUCUUUGUGAUGCCAAUAUACCGCUGGUAUAAAUAAUUACUAAUACAACAUGCGUGCCAUGGGAAACUUUAUUUGCUACUCUCCUUUUACGUUUUGCUGUGUUGUAGCAGAUAAUGAGUGCUUCCUUCUAUUAUUAUUAUUAUUAAAUUAAAGACUAUUUGUAACUUUGAAUUCAUAUUAAGGGAUUAAUUGCUCAUUUUAUAGUUAUGAGUUACAUUCUAAAUCAAGUGAUUUUUGUAAUUUAUGUAUUUUCUUUCCAUGUACUUACAAUUAUAGACAAUGUUAUGAGUUUUGAAUAAUUGAGAUGAUAGAGAAUAAAUGUACAAGUUGUGACUGGGUAUUAAGUUCCA